AUUAUUAUUCACUUCCGGGUGAGGCCAAUCGGGCGCCAUCUUGUCUUGUUCGUCAAGAAGUAGAAGCAUCGAAAGGGUUGGAGAAGGUAUUACAGGAACGGUGGCAGCAAGGGUGUUCCGGAACCAGAGUGGGGCAUAAAUAAUCUUGCUGCUAUGCUUCCAAGCUGUAGUCUGACUCAGCCUAAGAUUUAAACCGAAGGUGAACCUCUGAGAGAAAAUUCAAGUAUAUUUUAAAAGAAAGGAUGUGGGAUCAAGGAGGACAGCCUUGGCAACAAUGGCCCUUAAACCAGCAACAAUGGAUGCAGUCAUUCCAGCACCAACAGGAUCCAAGCCAGAUUGACUGGGCUGCAUUGGCUCAAGCGUGGAUUGCCCAAAGAGAAGCCUCAGGACAACAAAGCAUGGUAGAACAACCACCAGGAAUGAUGCCAAAUGGACAAGAUAUGUCUGCAAUGGAAUCUGGUCCAAACAAUCAUGGGAAUUUUCAAGGGGAUUCAAACUUCAACAGAAUGUGGCAACCAGAAUGGGGAAUGCAUCAGCAACCCCCACACCCCCCUCCAGAUCAGCCGUGGAUGCCACCAACACCAGGCCCAAUGGACAUUGUUCCUCCUUCUGAAGACAGCAACAGUCAGGACAGUGGGGAAUUUGCCCCUGACAACAGGCAUAUAUUUAACCAGAACAAUCACAACUUUGGUGGACCACCCGAUAAUUUUGCAGUGGGGCCAGUGAACCAGUUUGACUAUCAGCAUGGGGCUGCUUUUGGUCCACCGCAAGGUGGAUUUCAUCCUCCUUAUUGGCAACCAGGACCUCCAGGACCCCCAGCACCUCCCCAGAACCGAAGAGAAAGACCAUCAUCAUUCAGGGAUCGGCAGCGUUCACCUAUUGCACUUCCUGUGAAGCAGGAGCCUCCACAAAUUGAUGCGGUAAAACGCAGGACUCUUCCAGCUUGGAUUCGUGAAGGUCUUGAAAAAAUGGAACGUGAAAAGCAGAAGAAGUUGGAGAAAGAAAGAAUGGAACAACAGCGUUCACAAUUGUCCAAAAAAGAAAAAAAGGCCACAGAAGAUGCUGAAGGAGGAGAUGGCCCUCGUUUACCUCAGAGAAGUAAAUUUGAUAGUGAUGAGGAAGAUGAGGACACUGAAAAUGUUGAGGCUGCAAGUAGUGGAAAAGUCACCAGAAGUCCAUCUCCAGUUCCUCAAGAAGAGCAGAGUGAACCUGAGAUGACUGAAGAAGAGAAAGAGUAUCAAAUGAUGUUGCUGACAAAAAUGCUUCUGACUGAAAUUCUACUGGAUGUCACCGAUGAAGAAAUUUAUUAUGUAGCCAAAGAUGCACACCGAAAAGCAACGAAAGCUCCUGCAAAACAGCUGGCACAGUCCAGUGCACUGGCUUCCCUCACUGGACUCGGUGGACUGGGUGGUUAUGGAUCAGGAGACAGCGAAGAUGAGAGGAGUGACAGAGGCUCUGAGUCAUCUGACACUGAUGAUGAAGAAUUAAGGCACCGAAUCCGGCAAAAACAGGAAGCUUUUUGGAGGAAAGAAAAAGAACAGCAGCUAUUACAUGAUAAACAGAUGGAAGAAGAAAAGCAACAAACAGAAAGGGUUACAAAAGAGAUGAAUGAGUUUAUCCAUAAAGAGCAAAAUAGUUUAUCACUACUAGAAGCAAGAGAAGCAGAUGGUGAUGUGGUUAAUGAAAAGAAGAGAACUCCAAAUGAAACUACAUCAAUUUUAGAACCAAAAAAAGAGCAUAAAGAAAAGGAGAAACAAGGAAGGAGUAGAUCAGGAAGUUCUAGUAGUGGUAGUUCCAGUAGCAAUAGCAGAACUAGUAGUACUAGUAGUACCGUCUCUAGCUCUUCAUACAGUUCUAGCUCAGGUAGUAGUCGCACUUCUUCUCGGUCUUCUUCUCCUAAAAGGAAAAAGAGACAUAGUAGGAGCAGAUCUCCAACAAUUAAAGCCAGACGUAGCAGGAGUAGAAGCUACUCUCGCAGAAUUAAAAUAGAGAGCAACAGGGCUAGGAUAAAGAUUAGAGAUAGAAGGAGAUCUACUAGAAACAGCAUUGAAAGAGAAAGACGACGCAAUCGGAGUCCUUCCCGAGAGAGACGUAGAAGUAGAAGUCGCUCAAGGGAUAGACGAGCCAAUCGUUCCAGUCGCAGUAGGAGUCGAGAUAGGCGUAAAGUUGAUGAUCAACGUGGAAAUCUUAGUGGGAGCAGUCAUAAGCAUAAAGGUGAGGCUAAAGACCAAGAGAGGAAAAAGGAGAGGAGUCGGAGCAUAGAUAGGAAAAAGAAAGACAAAGAAAGGGAGCGUGAACAGGAUAAAAGAAAAGAAAAACAAAAAAGGGAAGAAAAAGAUUUGAAGUUCAGUAGUCAGGAUGAUAGGUUAAAAAGAAAACGAGAAAGUGAAAGAACAUUCUCUCGGAGUGGUUCUUUGUCUGUCAAAAUCAUAAGACACGAUUCUAGACAAGAUAGUAAGAAAAGUACUACCAAAGAUAGUAAAAAACAUUCAGGCUCUGAUUCUAGUGGAAGGAGCAGUUCUGAAUCUCCAGGAAGUAGCAAAGAAAAGAAGGCUAAGAAGCCUAAACAUAGUCGAUCGCGAUCCAUGGAGAAAUCUCAAAGGUCUGGUAAGAAGGCAAGCCGCAAACACAAGUCUAAGUCCCGAUCAAGAUCAACAACCCCUCCCCGUCGUAAGCGCUGAGGAAUGAUGUGGCAAGAAUGCCAUGAUGUUGUUUAAAAAAUUCCAUGAGUUUUAAGGGCUUGUCUCAUUAUAGAGGCACAUUGUGGCUGUGUAGGUGAAACCAGAAUCUUUUUUUUUAAUCUGUAAAUAGGUGUACCUUUUCCAAUGCUGCUCCAAGUUACUUAAUAGGAUUUCUUUGUAUUACAUUUUUUUCAAAAAAAGAUAGUGCAUAAUAAGACUAUAAAUAUGCCAUUCUCUUUCAGCUGUAACGUUCUUAAAAUUAUUCUUGAAUGUACUGUGAUGUCAAUAAAGCUCUUUAGUUCAUUUUUGUUAAACUCUUGCACCUUAAUUUUAUGAUUUUAAUAUAAGGAACGUACUUUUAUAACAAAGGCAGCUGGAAUUUUGUAUAACAGGUUUUAAAGGUACUUUCUCUCACCUCCCCCCAAAGAAGAUGGUUUUAAACUUAAUAGUUUGUCAAACUUUGUAAAUUGUAUCCAUGGACUUUUGUCAAAUUCUAACUUCAAGGGUAUGGAAGAGGGCUAGAAAUAGGCCUUUGCUUUUCAUUUGGAAACAUCUGACAACUUUCUAAAUUUUUCCUUCUAUUUUGGAGAUUUUUAAUUAACAUAUUCUCUAUGUGUAUAAAGUAUGGUUCACUCCUGUAAAAUGAAAUUGCUGGAAUCAAUCAAGCCGUUGCACCAGUAGAGUUAAUUUGUAAGGAACGAUUGUGUUUGACACUAAUAGUCAAGUCUGGAACUUUAUUCUACAGUCAUCACCCACUUCUGUUUUAGAAGCAUAUUUAAACACUUUGGGGUUAUAGAAACAAGACUCAUGAUUCAGUAUGUUUGUUUAUAUUUUUAAAGUAUAAUAUGACCUCAACUCAGUGGAGGAGUGCUGUAUUAUGCAGGUUUGUGUCAAUUUCAUAACAUUAAAAUAGUCUGAUUUUUGUCAGUUUUUUAAAAUUAUGAUCAGUGAGUGUUCUAGCAGUUUAAGGCAUUCAUGGCGUAGGAGUAGAAAGGGGCUUUCAAAGCAUUUUAACUUAAGUGCUCAGUUGCUUUCAGGGUUCAUUUUGUAUGAUUAUUCACUUAUGCAGUGAUAGCUGAAUCUCAGAAAACAAAUGCUUUUCAAUUUUAAUUUUAAAAGAAAAAGAAGCCAGAUGCAGGACGCAGAAAAGUUUUAAAGUAUGCCUUCUUACCAGCAAUCAUUCAUUUUAAAAAUAAUGCCAGAUUUUUGCCAAGAUCAGUGUUUCCUCAAAAUGAAAUUAGGAAUAGAUUUGUAUAGUGUGCUCUUGUACCUCUACAUAAGAUUCUUUUAUAAUUUUGAGCAGUUAUGCAUUUAUCUAAAGGAAAUAAAUCAACUGUGAAUAAAUGCAUGUUUACCAAAAUGGCUGUUUACAGUGCAUUUAGUUCUGAUAUUUAUAAAGAUGACAUUUCACAGAAUAACUUUAAAAUAGUUAGAAAUUCUGUAUAGUUUAGACGUCAGCCACAUCUGAAGACAAAAUAAAGGAAAAUGUGCAAUAUUUUUUAUGUAGGUGAGCUAAUACAGUAUACCUAAUUGCAGAAUUAUCUGAUUAAUUUGUAAUAGAUAAGUUGUAUAACAUUUUCAUAUCUUAAAAUGUUUUUUAGAUCAAUCUUGAAGUGAAAUAUUAUUUUCAAAAUAAAAUUCUACAGAAAAAAUUCUGUUGGCUAUGAUAUUCACAUUUUGGGGACAGAUAUGAGCUAGAGCCAAAAGUGAUAUUUACUCUGCCAUAAUUGCAAGCUGCUUGUCAGAUCUGUAAUUUUUAAAAAAAUUAUCAUGACAUUUGUGAUUAUCAGUAGAUACACCAGUGUUAUAAUUUGUAAUUUGGGUUUUUCAGAUUUUUAAUGGCAAAUUUAGAGAGUUUAUUACUUCCUUGACAUGCAAUGUAGUAUUUACCUUGAGUGGUAAGAUUUUAUAAAAUAGGGUUUCCAUGAUUUAGGAUGUGAAUGCUAAAACUUACAUAUAAGUUAAUUAGAUGUAUAAUUUGGUUAUUAAACUUUUCUAAAAUGGCACCCCAGAAAAUUAAUAGAUUCCGUUUUUGAGACAAUCACUGGUCUGGAUUGGUUAAUCAAUGUCUUCUUUAAAAGGUUCUCUUUUAAAAUAUUUCUAGUGUGUUAAUCAUAAUUGUUUUUUGUGGAGUGGGGUUAAACCACACCAUUAAGGAAAUAAAAUGUAAUUUGGAAAAGGUAAUUAUGAGAUUUGUUUCAGGCCCCAAAAUAAAAAUAAAGAUUGGUGUGGAAUCUCA